AUGAAGGUUGCAAAUUUAGUAUCGGCAGCAUUUAUAUUAGCCAAUGUAAAUGCAGUAGUGGUGGACGCUAAGCAGACUGACUCUCCUCUAUUAGAAAAGAGAUAUAAGGAUAAAAUUAUAAACAAGGAUUAUAAGAAGUUGAUGGAGGAGAAAAAUGGUAAUGUUGAAGAGGAAGAGUUGCCGCAAGCUUGGGUUAGAGUUUAUUCGUCGACUAUCACAGAGAUUGUUACACCCACGGUAAUUGCUAGCGUUACGUUUAGUGCCAAACCACCGGCUCAAACCAACGGAUUGGAGCCAUGGGUCUCCUUAGAUAAGCAAGGUGCACCUAAAACUAUAUUGCCAAAGAUGAAGGGAGGCCAUAUCAAGAACGCUUCACCGACUUACGGUACGUGGUUUGCUACGGCGACCACAGUGACCUAUAAUAAAGAGCAAUUGAAAGCACAUAACAUGAAGGAUUCCUUUACUGAGAGGAAAAUGAUUCCUGAAAACCCAGAAGAUCAUGAACUUGACCCAUUAAUCAGAUGUACUCCAGAGGGUUAUUCGAAAAAGGGAUUGGCAAAGGAUGUACUGACCGAGCCGUUUUGUUUUCCCAGAGACAACGUACAAUGGAAAAAAGAUAAGACCUAUUUCGUUACUUGGUACUCAAAAUUCUUCGAGAAAGAUGUUAAAAACGUGAAGCUUAAUUUAUUUUAUGUUAAAGAAGGUAUAAAGCAGAAGGGUACCAAGAGGGAUUUAUCUGACCUUGGUAAGAGGUCCGUAGUGGUAGAGAAGGGCGGUAAAGUACUGAAUAAACCAUUUUUCAGUAGUGGCUGGAUAGACAAGGAGAAAGGAUAUUUUCCUAUUACAGUUGAUGAAGAAUGGAUAGGAGAGAAUGAGUUUUAUCGCAAAGUAUUAUUAUCUAUUGAACCAGAUAAUGUUGUAAAUGAGGAAGAAAGCUACUUGAAGUCAUACGUGGUUGUUGAAAUUCAGAAGGGAGCCAGGGUUUCAAAAGAGCAUCUUCAAGACUUAAAGAAGUUGGAGGAAAAGUGGAGAAACCAGCACUUAGAUUAUGAUAUUGAAGAAGGCAUUGAUUACGAAAAAUAUAUAGUCAUGUUAACAAUGCCCCUGCUUGUUGUAGUUGCGGGUUUGGGAAUGUAUUUGUUUGUGCAUUUCAACAAAAGAUAUAUUGACUUGAGUCAUUUAAAGAAAAGAAAGUUUGCAGGAAAGAACACCACACAUGCUCGUAUUCCAUUUAGAAGAAAGAAGGUAAAUGACACUCAAUUGCCUCAGUAUAAUUUAACAAAUAAUGAAAUUAAAAAUGACUGA